GAGUACCUUGUUGUAGAUGUUAAGACAGACUUUUUAAAUUCAAAAUAAGCAUGUGCCAAGAAAUUUCUAAUGGUGUUCUGCUCUAGAAAGUGAAGAUAUUAGUUUUUGAGGGUGGAUUUUUUUACUACUGUUCUUCUUGAGAACAUUUUUUUUUUUUUUAGAAAGACAAAAUGUUUUAAAAAAUUGUAUGUCGUUGUGCUGCUCGAGAUUUGCUGAUUACUUCUUUGAUUUCCCACCUCCACAUGCUGUAUGGGUAUUCUUACUGUGAGUUUUGUAUUUAAAAGAUACUUUCUUGAGGUAUCUUGAUUCAGCAGAUGCUUCAAAGAGUUUAUGGCGGACACCUUGUCCUGUGGAUUCUUGUGCCCCUCCAGAUUUCAAGUGACAUUAAACACUAACUCAGGCUUUCGCUGGAUUUUAAAGGACACGCAAAAUACAACUUUCAGCUCUAUUUUCUUUUGAACUGCGGUCCAGAUGUUUCCAAAGAAAACGCCUUGCUUAUUCUGCCCUCCGUAGCGUGCGUAUGACUUGGAGGACAGGAGAGGCACAGCUGAAAGUGUUUGUGUGUGUCAUGUUCCCCGCCUAUGCCCAUAGGUGAUGACAGCUCUCUGCAGAAGCAGCGUGUGGGCCUGUGGCUCCUUGCUUGGGCCGUCACCCCGAAGGAAGAUGUAGAUUCCUUUAUGAAACAGCCUGGAAAUGAGACAGCAGAUGUAGUUCUUAAGAAGUUGGAUGAGCAAUACCAGAAGUAUAAAUUUAUGGAACUUAAUCUUGCUCAAAAGAAAAGGAGGCUAAAAAGUCAGAUUCCUGAAAUUAAACAGACAUUAGAAAUUUUAAAACACAUGCAGAAGAAAAAGGAAUCCACAAAUCCAAUGGAAACCAGAUUUUUAUUGGCAGAUAAUCUAUACUGCAAAGCUUCAGUUCCUCCUACAGAUAAAGUUUGUUUGUGGUUGGGGGCCAAUGUGAUGCUUGAAUAUGAUAUUGAUGAAGCUCAGGCUCUGUUAGAGAAGAACUUGUCAACAGCCACAAGAAACCUUGAUUCCCUAGAGGAAGACCUGGAUUUUCUUAGAGACCAGUUUACCACUACAGAAGUCAAUAUGGCUAGAGUUUAUAAUUGGGAUGUAAAGAGAAGAAACAAGGAAGACCCUUCCAAAAAUAAAGCAUAGUUUUGCCAAUUUUAAAUGUGGUCUCAAUUUCCAAAUAUUUUUUAUUUAAACACCCCCAAAGUUCAUUCUUAAGGGACUGAGUUACUUUAAUCAUUUCAGUAAAUGGUAAAAUAUAUAAAAAUAAAAACAAUGGUGACCACCAUUUUAUUUAUUUGUAAACUCAAAAUUUGGUUUCAUGCAUGCUUCCUGAAAUUACAGAUCUUUUUGAAAAGACGCCACACAGCCUAGCAAAGGACAUAGCAUUUUGAGGAGACCAGUCUGUCAUAACUAAAUUUCUUCCUGAAAGUUUGAAAAUGUGAGGUGCUUGUAUGAAAUCGGGUCUGACACUUUAGCAGGUUAAUGUAGUGUAAGAGUUUACUCUUUCAUCUCUGUUAUGUACAGUUGGUGGAGUUGAAAUCAACUUGGGCUGGGAAGACACACAGCUAUGUUUUAGUAAACAGAACAAAUACAGUGAAGUCUUGGAUUUUGUUUUAGUCAGUUACUUCUUCAGCAGCAUAAACCUACAAGCAUUCCUGGAUAUCUAUCCACUUUGGAUAAACUUGAUUUUAAUAAUUACUGGUUAGUUAACUGCCUGUUACUGAACUCUCAGCACUUUACCUGCAACAGUUUGUGACUUGUCUUCAGAAAGGAAUGCUGAACGGAGUAAACAGCACAAGCUAUGUCAAGACUUCAGGUGAUCUCACCCUGUUCUUUCAUACACGUGCACACACUGCUUAUUUUUGCAAAUGUGUUGAACAAGGACACCAAAAUGCUGAUAGCCUGUAAACAAGAAAACCCCCCUGUAUGAUCCCUUUAGACAAUGUCCAGUUCAAAUGUCUUAACACUCUCAGCCUCCUAGGUGGUGAAACCUGUAUUAAAUAUCGAUGGUCUACUGAAGUACUACUUUUUCUUUGGUUAUUAUGAAGCCUUGCAAGAUUGUUGCCUUUUACCUCUGCAGUUUCUUUCUAAAAUGAAAUGCUCAGUGGUGAUGUCAGUGGCUAGUAUUCACGCUCUUGUGACUGAGAAUACAGGUUUCGCUACAAAAUAAAUGCAGAUGUUAACUGUUCAAUCUUCAUGUAAUAAACAAUAUACCUGUAAAGUUUUUGUACUUUUAUUUCAUGAUAUUAAAAUAGUAAAACUAAACAAUUGUGGCAAACA